AUGCUUGGUACCGAAACAGGCGUAACGAACGCCUCCUCAACGAAACUGUUGAAAAAAGGAACUCGGCCUGGUGUGGGAAUUUCAGAAGAUAAGUUGAUCCCUCGGCUUAAAGUUAUAGAACGUCUUAAAAAGAUUCUUCAGCCUAAUGAGGACCAAUCAUUUUAUCAUGUUGUCUGCGGAGAACAUGGAACGGGGAAAACUACGUUAACUAGGAUUGCAUCAAGAGAAGCUGGGCAGGAUAAGGAUAGAGGAAUACAGGGCGGAGCGGGAGUCAUUUACGUUGAUAUUCCACCCGAUUUCAAAGACUUGGGCGAUGCUUUCGGAAAAGCUAUUAAUUUUGCAUUUGAGGAAAAUAUUUCUUUCACUGUACAAUUAGGACGAAAAAUCUUGGGUACAACUAAAGAUAAGUCUGAGAUUUCUGAAUGGAAGAGAGCCAUGAAAGCCUUCAAGCGUGCUUCUGCUACCUAUAAAGCAAAGCAUGGCAAAUCUCCAGUCAUUAUUUAUGAUAAUGUAAGCCGUUUGGUACAUAAGAAUCCGGAAGUCCUUGAUAUUCUUCAGGAUGACGCAAAAGACAAUGCCGAUUACCAAAAUUAUAUUGCUGUGUUUGUAAGUAGUGAAGGUUCGGUCCCGAGAAGAAUGGAAUCCCGUAGUGCCUGGUCGCGUGCAGAGAAUCCGAUUGAAAUCGGAGAUCUUAGUAAGGAAGAAUCAAUAAAUUAUCUAAUUGACAAGCGCAAGGUAAAAAAGGAGGAAGCAGAAAAAUUAUAUGAAUUGGUUGGUGGCCGUAUUAUUGAUUUAAGACGCGUAGCGAACAAGUCUCUAGCUGGUCAAAACUUCGAAGUUAUUAAACAGAAAGAAAGCAUUAAAGCUUUAUUGGACUCUAAAGAGUUGGACUUUACAGCGUUUAUGGAAUUAUUCAAUAAUUAUGAAGAAGCUAGCGAAGUAUUGGAAAAAAAUAUAUUUGCGUACCAUCCAGAAAAAAAACACCGUGAGCUUCCAGUCUCAAUCAGUAGAAUAUUAUAUUCGGGAAAAGUCAGAUAUAUUCAUUAA